GCUGAUCGUACUGGACUUGGAGAGCGCAAUCAUGAUAUUCCCAUCUGUUGGAUAUGAACAAACGACAAGACUUCCGGCAUCGAAAGCACCUAUUGUUAGCGAGACCUUAUUGGAAGAUACAAACACCACCGAGCGGCCCUCUCGACCCCGACUUCCAGGACGUUCUCUAUCGCAUCGCAUCACUGACCUAAUUGACGAGGCCUUUCCGGUGCCGGAAGUUCUGGAAGACAACUUUGAAUAUCGGCUCUCGAGCGAAGACUGCGACAUCAUGAGCACUAUCAUGACGACCGAGGAUGGUCCGGCUCCGCCAGCAUAUACAACACUUCAGGAGCCGCCGAAAUAUAAUGCUGUUGGAAGUCUUGCCGAUCAACUUCCCGAAUCGUUCUCCCUACCAAUCGAGUACGAUCGCAUGUCAAUGAGCUCUACCAAUUCCAACCAUCGAUACCACACAUAUCACGAUCUCGUACUUCUAGCUCCGACGAUGUCAUUCGAUGACUUCCUUCGAAAAGUGGAGCAGAAAGCUACCGCGUACAUCAUGUUCGAACGCAUUUCGAAGCGACUCCUACCUGAUGAGAAGGUCGUAUGUGUGCCAGAGGUCAGAUGGCGGACAUCCAAGCGAGGAUUCCUCAAGCGAUCCAAAGUCGUGAAGAAUACAGUCGAAGCUCAAGACUGGCCGGCAGUUGUGUCAGUCUUACAGAAUAGACCAGGAGAGGUGGAGCUGAAAGUAAAAUUUUGGACGGAGCGGCCGGAUUCACUUAUGAACACGCCUAGGAAAGAGCGUAGCGCGGUAACCGAUGUCGGUGUUGAUCCUGCAGCAGCUGCGAACACUAUGAUUGUAUAAGGUAGCUUGGUGUGGGCAUCGUGAGCUAGGUAGGCAUGUGGCAUGCAGACAGUAGUUCUGUUGUACCUAUUCAAUCUCACAGUCGUCGUCAACUCUCUUGACAACGUUUUCUCUGCAAGCUCAGCAAUCUUGCAGGCACACAUUUACUCCCGUUGCCGAGGGAAUCUUUCCAGACGACUCUAUCGCCCAGAAGAGUGCUGACCCUUCGCUCCACUCGCAGCCAUUGGUCGAUCCUCAUCAUGCGAUACACCAUUAGUGUGCACCUGUCGUUGCUGCUUCUUUUGCCAUUGGCUUUGCAAGUGCAUUGUGAAAGGACGGCCGAUAUGUGCCAGAAUGACACAGAAGAAGGUAGCGCAGAAAUGCCAGAGGAAUACGAUGGUGGUGCCGAUGCCCCAGGGGGCAAAGAAUUGGAAGAACUGGUCCACUUGGUACAAGUCGUUCUGGGAUUGAAUAUAGUAUUUCCGUGACCCAGGUUUGCGAGUGAGCUGGAGGACGGUGGUAAGAUUGACAGGGCUCCUGUGGAAUGGGAUGAACCAGAUGCUGAAGACUUGGCUGAUAUUGACGUAUAAGACCAAGUUUUCCUCGUCAUAUGCUACUCCAUUCACGUUGAGCAGGAUUGUGGGGCUCAUGAUUUUAUACCAUUGAAAGAUCUGAAGGAUGAGCCAUCUCGAGCCCUCGAAGCUGCCCGUCCGACAGAAGGGAUGGGUGAAGCUGGCGUCAGUAGUGAAGUAGUCUUCAAUGGCGUCCUUUUGCUGCUUUGGUGAGCCCUGCGUGAGUCGAUGCACGACGCUUCUGAUGUCUGCGAUGGGAUCGUCCAUUCUCC